CGUAGCCAUGUGUUGCGGUUCGUCGUGAGUGCUUUGUGACAAGAAGGGAGGCACGUUUGUCUCUCUGUGCGUCCUUUUCUCGUCCGUCUCGCGCGCGUCUCGCGACAAAAUUCGCGCACGAUUCUCACGUCUCUCGAGACGAGGAGCGAGCGAGCGAGGAUAAGAGAGGCGUCGCGACGCGAAACCAAAACCGGGCGAGAUUCGAUUCGACGCGGCGCGGCGUCCGCUCCAUUGCGCGGACGGCACCGUAGACGAAAACCACCGGGUGUGUCCCGCUCUCGCGCAAGAGAACGACCGACCGAAACGGAGAAAAGUGCAUGCGUGCAUGUGGUGUGAGAGAAAGUGCGUGUGUUUCUUCCUCGCGACGACGACGGCGACGACGACAGUGGCGGUGUCAAUGACGACGAAAACGGCGACGAGCAGGAAGGAGUUAGCUCGCGACUUUGAUUCUGCGUAAACCUCGGCAUCGUUUUUUCGCGUGUGAGUGUUCGUUCCGGAAGAAACGAGGAGGAAGAGGUGGCGGGUUGGUAGCAGUGUCGGUUCCACGAAGAGCGACGAAGAGAGAGGAAAGGAAAGAGGGAGAGAGAUAGCGCAGCAGCCCGGGCGACCCGUCCGUGGGAUCGAGAGAGAGAGAGAAAGAACGAACGCAACCGUGCGAGCGUAGAAAGCGCACCGUGCAGAGAGAACAGGGAGAGAGCCAGACAAAGAUAGAAGAUGAAAGAGAAGGCGAUAAAAAGUGUUGAUCGUAGGUGCACUCGCCGGGUUCUAAAGACGCGGUACGGGCGCGUUUGUGUGUAGUACGUGUGUUUGUUUAUGUGCGGCGCGACAUUCGCGAGUCGACCGGAACGGGCGAACUUCAGGGCGUACUCGGGAGAGCCGCGGAUAAACAUCGUCGUUGCACGCGCGCCGAUUCCUUCGUUUCCGUUUAGAGUCGCGGCGUCGCGAGUGCUCGCGAGUGCUCGUGUACGUUUCUGCCGGGCGUAAACGACGACGGAGAAGUGGUGUGCGCGAUUAUACACACAUACACGACGAAGGAAAGGGAGCACCGAGAGAGAGAGAGAGAGAAGGCGUUCGACGAAGAGUGGCGCCACGAGAGAGGAACUCUCACGAGCAAACGGCCGAAAAAAAGGAUCGGAUUCACGGUGUAAAUAACGAGACGACUUCGCGGUUGCCUUCGAUCGGGGUGUAUCCGUCGCGGCGCCGAGAACAACGAGUCCGGGACGAGUUCCUUUGCGGCGGCAGUGCCUGUGUAUGUGUAUAUGUGUGUGUACGUGUGUGUACGUGCGUGAGAACAGGGUCGCGAGGUGAAGCUCGCAGCCAGCGGCAGCAGCGGCGACGGACGGUUGGAUUAUAAGCGACGAGAGGAAAUAUACGCGUAUAUCGGAAGGAUUAUAUAUAUAUAUAUAUAUAUAUUUACGGAGGAAAGUACUCUGGGCGAAGCCCUGCAGAGAGAGGGUCGCCGGUCAUCGCGUUCGUGUGGAUGUGUGUGUGUAUACGUCUGCCUCACUAAUACGUCGAGCACGCCAAGUAUCGAGACAUCAGCGAAGAUGAGACAAUUUCCGGUGAAGAGAGGAUGAAGCUUCUUCACUUAAAGAUCAGAUUCAGAAUGUUAAAGGAUAAUGUACCGUUAUUCUCCCAACUAAACGCAAGGAAAUUAAGUCGCGACUUUAAGGUUGGUGCAAGCGAUUCCGUGGAAAUUAUCUUGAUAGCCGCAAUUGCAGACUGAAAAUGCAGAACUGAUCGCAAGCAGGUCGUUCAGCCUUAACGCGGUUCCGUCGGGAAAUCGAAGGGAAGAACCGCACGUUAGGCUGACGCCGUUCGGGAGUAUCCCCGACAUGGUUUAACUCGCGACAAGCGGAAGACAGGUGGAAAACGGAAUAUCAGGAAUGUGCGGAUGAUCGCCAAGAUUCCCUACAACGUUGAAAGUAAUCACGAAUGGUGUCGAGUGGUGUGUCCGUGAUCACGUCGAGGUGGAGGGAUAGUAGUGGCUGUGAUCGUAGUGUUGUGUCUCGGGAAAUUCAGUGGUGUUGUCGGUGAAGAGUGGUGAGAGAGAGAGAGAGGUACAACGCGGGUUGCUCUGAAAGAAUUAACGACAAAAUCAAGUGCGCGGUGAAAAGAGCUCGAAGGUGUACGCGCACAUACACGCACACACGAUAAGAGGGAGAGAUUCAGCCGGGAUAUAUCGCGAAAUUACGUUGAGUUAGAGUAGCCGCGAGAGAGUGAGUGAUGUGUUCGAUGGACGAGGCGCGUCUCGCGGGCGGUGGUCGGGGUAAUGAUAACGCGUGUAAUCGCGCACGCUACCAUUGCUACUUGGGAUCCAACGUGAGAAAAGGCGAGCAGUCGGUGACCAGGCUGGCGGGCGCCGGGGAAACGUUUCCAAGGGCAUGGCGACCACGCCACUAGGCGGUCGCCUCCCUAACGUAAACCGCAAAGGACCAUCUCCGUGCGUCGGUGGUGGUGGUGCUAGUAGUAGUAGCAGUAGUAGUAAUAGUAGCGGUGGCGGUAACGGCAACCCCAGUAACGGUAGCAACAAUAAUAACAACAACAACAACAACGGCUUAGGGAACAGUAGCAGCAGCAACGUCGGUGGUCAGUCGAGGAGACAGGAGAGAGCGCUGAUCGGCAGGGAACACCGUGAUCAUCGUCACCAUCAUCAUCACCAUCAUCAUCACCAUCAUCACCACCAUCAUCAGGGCCGAGACAAGUCAUCGUCGUCCUCGUCAUUGUCGUCGUCAUCCUUGUCGUCAUCGUCGGGUCAGCAGCGCGAGCCUAAUAAAGCAAGCACAGUGGCUGCUAACGCCGGUGAGCUGGAUCCGGCCGCGACGAAUGCGACCAAUAACUUUGAGUACGACGACAACGAAUGGGACAUCGGCAUAGGUGACCUGAUAAUCGAUCUUGAUGCGGACAUUGAGAAGACGAGGGACGAGAAAUUGAGCUCGGGGACAGGCAUGGCUUCUACGCCUGCCUCGGCAGCAUCGGCACCGAAUAACGCGAAUCAUCAUCAGUUACAGAACUCAACGGGUCUCAACUCCUCUACGUCCUCGUCCGUCCCGUCGGCUGGCACGAACGCCAGUAACCAAUCGUCGUCCACUUCGUCAUCGUCGUUGUCGUCGUCCUCCUCCUCAUCGUCCUCGUCGUCGUCAACGUCCUCUUCGUGCGGCGUCAACUCGUCGACGCGAUCCAACAGUCCCGGAAGCGGCAACGGCGGCGCGAACGGCGCCGGUAACGCGAACGGCACCGGCAACGCGAACGGCACCGCGUCUUCCGUGGUCACCGGCCCCGGUAAUAAGCAAGCGUCGGGCGUGAACGUGAGCGGCGUCAACGCCGUCCACGGUAACGCCGGUAAUCCCGGCAAGAUGGCCGUUGAACAUUCGGCCACCGUCGAUAAGGGCCUCAAGAUGAAGAUCAAACGCACCAAGCCCGGUACCAAGACGAGCGAGGCCAAGCAUGAAAUCGUCAAAUCGAACGAGAUCAAUGGCACAGCCUCGUCCCAGGAUUCGAACAACGGCACCGCCGCCUCAUCGACCUCCUCGUCCUCGACCGCCGGCUCGGCCUCCGCGUCGGCCGCGGUCGCACAGAACUCGCAGAACUCGGAGUGCGGCGCGACCGGCGGCGGCGGUCAGUCGUCCUCGUCGAACAAGUCGAAGCCGAGUCACUCCCCGGCUUCCGCCGGCGGCACCGGCGGUGCCGCACCCUCGUCUACCGCCGGUUCCAAGCGCGGCUCCAGCGGUCAUCGGCGCGACAAAGCGCGAGACAAGCACGAGAAGCCGCAGAGCAAUCACACGGCUCAGCAGAUCAAGCCUGAGAUGAACGGAACCGCGCGACCUACGCCGCAGGGCCAAAAUUCCGCGGGCGGCGCGACUCAGUCUCAGGGUCCCACGCCGGCCGCCACGGCGCCGCAACAGACCCAGGGACCACCGCCCAGCUCGAGGACAGGGUUCUCCGUGUCGCAGGGUCCCGGGCCGCCCGCGACCAGCGCGGCAGCGCCCUGUCCGCCGCCGAGUCCGGCGAGUGCCACGGCGACCGGCGCUGCGGCCAAGCCGGAACAGACCAAAGUAGCCGCGGUGCCGGGUCCUCCGCUGACGACGCCCGCCGAGGAGGCCAUGGACACGGCCGCCAGCCCUCCACCCGCCAAGAAGAUGAAGACGGAACCGAAGGACAUGUCCGACGUGUGCGUUGGGACCAGCGUGGGGACCAUUACCGAGCCGGAAUGUUUAGGGCCCUGCGAGCCCGGUACCUCCGUCACCCUCGAGGGCAUCGUUUGGCACGAGACCGAAGGAGGUGUAUUAGUGGUAAACGUUACGUGGCGAGGUAAAACGUACGUAGGGACGUUGCUGGACUGCACGCGUCACGAUUGGGCGCCACCUCGUUUCUGCGACUCGCCGACCAGCGACCUGGACGCUCGCACACCCAAGGGACGCGGUAAACGCGGCCGCGCCGCGGCCAACUCCACGCCCGGCAACGACCUGAGCAACUUCACGGAGACGAGAAGUUCCGUGCACAGUAAACUCCGCAAUGGCGGCAAAGGUCGUCGGGGCGCUCAGGGUUCACCUGCCAGUCCGAGUCCAGCGGCGUUCGUGCCACCACGGCCAGAUCCGGCGGCGAAGCGGAAGUCACGCGGACCGGAAGAGGAACAGGACAAGAAUAAACGACGGGCGCCACCGCCUACGCCGCCUAGCGGUUCGCCGCCCGCCAGUCCGGUUUUGCUCGAAUGUCCCGAGCCGAACUGUAGUAAAAAGUACAAACACAUCAACGGACUCAAGUAUCAUCAGAGUCACGCGCACGGCACUGCCGAUGACGACGACACCAAGGAGGGUAUAACAAGUAUGUCGGAGAACGACGAGAGCAACAUCGAGGCGCCGAGUCCAGCUACGCCGGUGAAAUCGCCAGCGGACAAACCCGAGGGUACGCCGGUGAGAGCGACGAGUCCACCGGCUGCGGGAUUGCCGCCGGAAACGCCGCCUCCGCCCCCGAGGGUGCCGUCACCCAGUAUAGAACCACCUACGCCUGUGCUCGCGGAUAAAAAUAUCGUGAAGCCCGGCGUGUUGAGGUUCGGUCAGGACGAUCUGCCAGCGCCUACUUCCACGGCACCCUCGUCGAGAGUGCAACAACAGUCGGUGCAACAGCAGCAACAGCAGCAGCAGAGUCAAGCGUCGUUAGGCUCGUCGAAUCCGCCCCAGAGUCCUAGCCCGCAUCCCAGUCAGUCUCCCAGGCCUGUGCCUUCACCGCAUCCGAGCACGAAUAUCCCCCAGCUCAACAUACCGCAACCGCCACAGCCGUCUCAGAUGCAGCAGUCGCAUCAGUCGCAGAAUCCGCUUCUGCAACAGGCGCAGCAAACGUUGCAGCAGGUCGGUCAACCACCGCAACAACAGUUGCAGUCCAGCGUCGUUGGCAGUCAGCAGCAACAACAGCAAAUGCAGUCUUCGGUUCAACAGCAAUUACCUCCGGCGCAUCAAUUACAGUCGGUGUCGCAUCCUCUGUCGGCUCAGCUGGGCCAACCCGCGCAGGCUCAUGUUGUACAAACGGCCGGGUUGCAGCAGCAACAGGCCAGUCUACAGAGCAUAGCCAGUCAGCAUCCGGGUCUGCAGAAUCUAGCGAGUCAGGUAUCGCAGCAGGCGGCGGGCCUGCAAACGGCACCGCCACCGCCGGGUCAUCCGGGUCAAGGUGUACAGUCGCAUCUGCAGCAAUACCCGUUGCACGCGGCGAAGAUGCCACAGUUCAAGGUGAAGCCUACGGCGGCGCUGAUGCCAGAGCAAGACAAAAACAAGUCGAGCACCGACGCGCGUGUUUCCAAGCCACAGAGCUACAAGAAGAAAUCGCGAAAGUCACCUGGCGGCAGCCCGCAUCCGUCGCCGCUUGAAGCGCCGAUUGUUGAUUCGGCGCGCGACGAUGUACAGAGUCCAGCCUACUCGGAUAUAUCGGACGAUGCGGCGCCAGUGCUCGAGGCCGAACCGGCAGACAAAUCCAAGCAGAGCCAAGAGAAGGACAACAAGGCCACGGCACCGGCGCAUUUGCCUGCCCACUUCAGUAUGUACCCGUAUUACGGUCAGCCGCCUUAUUUGGUACCCAGCGUACCAGAUAGCAAGCCGGUGGUGGACCAGAAGCCGAGCGAUCUUACGCCCAAGCAGGAGAUCAAACCGCUCAAUAUACCGCAGAUGCCUUCGAUGGCGAAUUUACAAAGUGUCGUAUCGGAGAAGGAGAAGAAGGAACUGAGUCAGCCGGUGCCACAACCGCAACAGCAGCCGCAUUAUUAUGGUGCUUAUGGCGGUUAUAUACCGCCCGGCUAUCCCUACCAACCUCCACAACCAGUUUCGCAGCAGCAGCAACAGCAACAACAGCAGAGUCAGCAGUCGCAGGAUCAGGAGCCGCAUGAGCAGAAAGUCAAGAUUAAGCAGGAACCACAGCCGCAGCCGAGCCUAAAAGACAAACAACACGAGAACCAUCAAAUACUUAAGGAGAGUAUCGAGAUGAAGAGUCAGAUGAGUCCGUACCACGUCUAUCACGGCUCGCAGAGUCAACGAGCGGCACCGCCGCCGCCUCCACCGGGACCAGUUCAGGACGAUAGGAGGUAUUACCUAUACCCGGGUGAGCAAAGAAGGAAAGAGGAAUCGAGUAAGCAGAGUCAACAGGCGAAGGCGCCACCGCCUAGUCCGAAACAUCAGCCGAAGCAAGAGAAACCACAGGAUCUCGGCAAGAACGAGGAUUCUAAGAGCAAGCAGGAAGGCGUAAAACCAACGAUGGAGACUCAGGGACCGCCGCCACCACCUACCUCGCAGUUCACCACUUACAUCCAUCACGGUUACAUGACAAGUCCGCAGCAUUACGGCGGGCUGCCGUUCGAUCCGGGUCACGCGGUGUAUCGCGGCCUUGGUCCUAUGCUCGUGCCUGGCCCUUAUUCAAGUAACCCCUAUCUUCAUCAACUACCUAGGUAUCAUGCACCAGAAGAUCUCAGUCGACCGCCCGGCGGCAAGGCUUUAGAUCUGCUUCAACAUCACGCUAAUCAGUAUUAUUCAGCGCACAAGAUACACGAGCUACAAGAGCGCGCACAAGCGCUCAAGUCACCGACGCCUAAAACGUCCGCGGCGUCUGCCAGUCCAUCUUCAGCAGGUCCGACACCCGCCCGACCUCCCAGUGGUCCACCCACGUCAGUCGCGGGCCCGGGCCCUCCGCCGGGUCAAGGUCAACAACCGUCCGGCAAGCAGCAGGGUCAGCCAGGUAGUCAGCAGCAGCAGGGUGCAGUGGAUGCCAGCGGCGGUAAUCUCGGCAAGGACAAUAGGUCACCGCCGCCGCAGCGGCACGUGCACACGCAUCAUCACACUCACGUGGGCUUGGGCUAUCCCUUGUUGACAGGACAGUACCCCGCUCCCUACGGAGCGGCAGUGCUGGCGAGUCAGCAGGCCGCCGCGGUAGCCGCCUCGGUGAUCUCGCCAUUCCCGCCCAAGUGACCCGCGGCCCCCGCCUCCGUCUUACCCGGCGGAAGCGCCGGAGGCAGCUCCGCCGCACAGGUCCACCACACGCAUCCGGCGGCGACGAACGGCGCGCCUGGUGCGGGACACCCGCACGGCACUGCCGCCAGCAGGCAACCGUAGGAGGCAUGGACACGAAUGGAGCCAAUGAGUCGAUACGACUGACAAGCCAGGGUACCGUGUCUAUGUUCCACGUUGUUGGCUGGCUUGGGCGUCGAGUAAAGAAGGUGACGACCGGAUUAGGACCAAGAUGUUAUAGUAGAGAGACGCCGAGUGUCGUCCGAUCGAGACUGUGAAUCCUGGAAAAGAUAAUUGAGAUGUUAAAACAACGAGAUGAUUGAUACGACGAGAUGGAUUCUAUUGUUCUUCUCUUCAACAACGGCGCAAGUACUAGGGAUUGAAGAUUAAGUGGAGAAUUCAAGGAGCUAGGUGUUAGGAACAAUAACAAUGAUGUAGUAGGAGAUGUAGAGGAGGACUGACGUACUGUUCCUUCUUGUGCUGUGUGUUAACUCGCUUUCUUGAUAACGUUAAUUGAAAGUUUAGAAGAUGAUAUGGAUGUCGUAAAUGGUAUUAUCCAUGUUCUCUCCACGAACUAGAGAUUUGACAUUAAUCGAGAUGCUGUUAAGGACUGAUGGUGAAUCAUGACUAUUUGACGAUGUUGAGACGUUUAGAUGAAAUCACACUCGUGAAUUAUUCGGACGAUAGAGAAAAUCGCGACUUUCCAAAUUAGGUGAACCAAACACACGAAAAAUAUACAUAUAUCGAAUUUGAAAUAACAUGAAUGAUAAGAGACUGAACUCGAUUCGACGCACAAAUACGAUGUCCACUUCUCGGACUAUAUCUCGGCGGUUCACGUUGUUGAACUGAUCAUGAUAGGUUUGACGAGACGAUCGUUAACGAGCAAUCCUUCGGCGAGACAAAAAGUGUAUCGAUGCUCGCGCGACGAGAGAACGAGUUUUCUCCUUCACGCGUUUUAUUCCAGCAAUGCCCCCACGUCCCGCUGAAUUCGCAAUCUUUGCAUAGACAAAACCAGCUCGCUGAAAUUAUCCUUCUCCUUGUACAUACUUGUAUAUCUUAAAAAUACGCGCCGCGUAGUGUACAGAUGCCUACGGCUAGUGUAAGAAUAACAAGAUUGGAGAUUCGAUCUUAUCCCGAAGGUCGAGAUCUCCGAUAGAUUUCCGAAAGUAACGCCCUGUCUCGCAAGAUGAGCGUUCCACGAGAAGGGAUCGAGCGAGAGUUGCCUCGUUUCGGUGUAGACUGAGUUAGGCUCGGUGCCACCCAAGUUGCGCUGACUCCUCGUUGACGUCUGUCUGAUUUCCUGGUAUAAGCUCGGUCUUUCCUUUGCUUUCUAGUGCCUAGUCUUAGAUGGAUAUUCUGAUCUAGAUAAGACGGUAGUUCAGAAAGAAACGGAGAGAGAAUUGCUGAUCCAGCAAAAUAAUUGAUUAAGAAGUAGAGACCUUCGUAUUCGAAGUUAACAUGAUAGAUAAAGAAGAGUCUAUAUAUUACACAAUACAUAUAUAUAGAUCUGAAUCGCGGGACGAGGCGUGAGAGACAUAUGUGACAACUGUCACGAGGAGUCAGACAUCUCGUUAGACUGAAACACGCGAAGACAGACAGUGGACUGCCUUCGCGUUUACGGGGCCGUGCUGGCAAAAAAAAUUACGAAAAGCGUGGAUUUAAUGCGUGCUAGCGCGGCUCUACCCCCGACUCUCAGAUUCGAGCGUAUAUGUGUUUGUCGAGGCGAUGUGAUGGAGUUUUUAUCGAACGUAGAAACUUAGGAGAGCGAGAGAGCGAAGCGCGUAUGUGUGCGUGCGUGUAAAAGAGAGGAGAAAACAAAUAUUGCACUCGUAUAUAAGGAUACACACGAGAUGAGAAAGAGUAGUAGCGAAUCGCGUGAGUCGACUGCCUUGUACAAGCAUAAUGUGUGCGUGCGCGAUGUUUCCGCGAUGUACGGUAAAUCCGUGUCAAUGUAUUUUAUUGUAAAGAAAGACGAUUGUAAGAAUUAUAUACGCGACCGCAAAUUUCGAUUUUUGUAGAGAAAAAUUGUAUAACUUGCUGAUAAACUAUCUCUUAGGGGAACAGAGAAUCCGUGAUCUGUGCGAUCGAUCAUUCGAAUGCCGAUUAAAGUGACUAGAAAUCUCGUCUUUGCGAGGCGAACGUGUGGUUGAUAAAAGACGUAUGUCGAGAACAAGACGAGAAAGAUUUAAAAAAAGAGACUUGUGUAAUGCGAUGAUUCUAAAUAAUUAAAUGGCGUUAAGUGACUGUAAAUUUGAUGCUAGAACGCUAUUUGUUUAAAAUAAUGGUAGCCAGCGAUGUAUGCAAACGUUAGGGAAACAAGGGAGAGAUGGAGAAGGGGGACACGAGCUAGAUCCAAAGAAUGGAUAAAUAAAAACAGCGAGACGUAUAUUGCGCAUAUGCAACUAUAUAUAUAUAUGUAUGUAUAAACUCUAUAUAAUAUUUGUUCAGUAACGACUAUCGUCAUCCACUUAUAUAUAUAUAUAUAUAUAUAUAUAUAUAUAUAUAUUUAUAUUAUACGAU